AUGACAUUAUUUGUUCAAAACUCAUCAUCAAAUAUAAUUAAAAAUGAAAAUAAUAAUAAAACUAAAAAAAAAUCAUCAAAUAAAUUUAAAAUUGAUAUAUUUGAUAAAUUUCAAUAUUGUCAACAAUUAUUAAAAUUUCAAUCAAAAAAACAAAUAAUUAAACAUUGGCAACCAAAAUUAACAUCUGAAGAAAAAAUUCUUUUCGAUAAAGAAGAACUUCUAUCUGCAUAUCAACAUAUUAUUGCUAAUACAUGUGGACAACAUCGUAAUCGACAGCAAAUUAAAAUUUUAUUAAAUCGUUCAUCAAUUAAAGAAUCUCUUCUACCUAUACAUCGAUAUUGUCGUAAAGGAUUUUAUCCAGGAACAACAAUUCAACGUCAACAAAUCAAUGAUGAUCAAGUUCUAUGGACUAUGGAUUUACCAAAUUAUAAUCCAUCUUAUUAUACACAUUCAUCAUUAAUUAAUGAUACGAAUGAAAUAGAUUCAGAAAUAAUUUCAAAAAAUUUUAUGUGGAAUACUUUCGAUACAAAUUAUAAUGUUGAUCGACGUACAGCAAAUCCUGUUGGUUAUUAUCCAAUUGAUAAAAAAGGUUAUCCAUUAAAUCCUCUUGGUCGUACAGGUUUAUGUGGACGAGGAGAAUUAAAACGUUGGGCUGUUAAUUAUCAAACUCAUCUUGUUAUUAUGUGUGGUACUAAUGAAAUAAAAUCGGGACAAGAAAUAUUUAAAUAUAUUAUGGAAAAACCGAGAUAUGAUGAUUAUUAUCGUAUACCAUCUACAUCAACAACUGGAACAAAUAUGAAUGCAAUUAAAAAAACACUUCAAACAUUUCUUUCUAAUAUUGAUCGAACAUGGAAUGAUUUCGAUAAAAAUAAUGAAACAAAAAUUGAUGAUAUUAUUGAACAUUUAACAUUUGUUAGUACUGCUUAUAUCGGUACGAUACAUUUCGAAAUUGAUUUCUACUUAGAACAUAAAUAG